AUGGGGGAGAAGGAGUGGUACUUCUACUGUCAGAAGGACCGCAAGUAUCUCAUGGGGAUACGGACCAACCGGGCCACGAAAGCCGGCUACUGGAAGGCCACGGGCAAGGACAAGGAGAUCUUCCACCCAACGCCCACUCUCAUCGGCAUGAAGAAGACACUCGUGUUCUACAAGGGCAGGGCGCCUAGGGGGGAGAAGACCAACUGGGUCAUGCACGAGUACAGGCUUGAGAUCAGCAAGCAGCCUGCAUCCGGCCCAUCAACCGCCAUCCCAAAGCUGCCGCCAUUAAUGCAUCCUUCAAGGUAUUUAAACCUAGAGUAG